AGUUCAUACAGGACUCUGGUGCUGUAAACAUAUCCUGGAAAUUGUAACCAAAUAAACAAAAUAAUUGAAAAGAAAAAUUUAGUGAAGAUUUUUUUUUUGGUAGUAAAUUAUAACUCAAAUAAAAAGUGAAAUUAUUAAAGUGCAAUUUUUGUUUUUGGAGAAAGUGUUUUGAACUAAAUAAAAUUAGUUUUUAAAAAACUAUAUAUAAACUUUUAACCUAAAACAGGAAGUAGUAGAAACCUAAACUAAAACAAAAUGAAAUUAUAUUUUUAUUUACGAUCAAUAAAUAGUUUUAAACUAUUUUUGUGGUUGGCCUUAAUUGCAACUGUUGCUUCAGUGCCAACAUCUGUUUUGGUACAAAACUCCGAAUUGGCCUCAAAUGCUCAACAAAAUCAUGCAGAUUCUAAUAAAAAUCACAAUAAUAACAAUGUUAUGACUAAAGUUAAACGCUCUAGUGGUGGCAAUAAAAAUGAUGGACACCUUAACAACAACUCACCCGCCGCCAUAUUGAAUAAAAAAUCAAGUCCAGAAAUUGUACCAGCUUCCUAUACAGCUCCUCCAAAACCCAAAUCCAUAAUGCCUCAACUGCAACAGCAGCAACAACAAAGGCAAGAGGGAAAUGAAUUAAAUUUCAAUAACAAUGCCAUGGAAAAGAAUAACGAUCUUAUCAGUUCGGCCAUUGCAGCUGGACUCACUGCUGCCGCUGUAGAAGCUGCUGCCGUGGCCGCCAAUCAACAUGAGUUGGAACAAUUAAGGAAACAACAUCAACUCUAUGCUGAUGAUAUAGAUGAUGAACAAACCUCCUCAGCCAUAAAUAAACGUGGCAUAAGUGCCCAACAAUUUCCUUAUCGUAGUGCCUCCUCUUCGGCCUCAGCCGCUAAUCUGGGUUGGGGUAAUCUCGCUGGUGUCAAUAAUGAUUUCAAUAGUGGUAUUUAUAAUUCACCUUCUGCCGGUUAUUACAAUCCCUACGGUAGUUUCGAUUCACUACCCGCCGUGGGCAAUGAUGUACCUCAAGGUACUUGGGGUGAUGAAUUGGAUCCCGGUAAUGUUGUUUACAGUGAUAUUGAUGACUAUGCUCCCGUUUCGAAGGCUUCCUCAUAUAGAAACAAAGCUUAUGAUAAUUUACAAAACAUUUUGAAUUCCGAAUCUUAUUUGGAUACAGUUCCCUUACCCUAUAACAGUGGUCGUUAUUAUAGUUCCGGUUUGGAUACUGAGCGCAAUAAGAGAGCUUAUAAGAUCUUCAAUCAAUUGGCCAGUAAAUUCCCCGAUAUGAGAUUGAAACGUGAUACAAAACUAACCCCAGCCGAUAUGUUAGCCCUGGUAGCACUUGUCGAAGCCGGUGAACGUGCCCGCAAAGAUACAGAUGCCGAUGCUGGCUAUACCUAUCCCUCUGAAAACUAUGUACCCAAAACCUAUGGACUUAAUAAUAAUUACAAUACCGCUGGUAAUGUUUACGAUUAUCCCACAAUGCCUCAAGCCGAUGAAAGUUUAGAUUACAAUAACAAUAAUGGCUGGUUUGAGCCACAAUCAAUGGUGGACUAUUAUGGAGUGCCCGUUAACAUGGAUGCCAUGAGCAAAUAUGAGUUGCCCAGGGAGCUACCAAGAGAAAAUAAAUACAGUGAUGGUUUUCCCUUAAAUACAAAUGGAAAUCGUUAUAACAACAAACGUUUCAUGGUGGCUAAAAAGAAAAGAUCCAUUGCUAAACCUUCAAUACCCUACAAGCCCGAGUCAUUCUUUUAAAGUUGCGUUUAAUAAAAAUAUCUAAAAUAAUAACGUCAAUUUCCCAAAUUUAAGUAAUAAAAGAAAAUGGCGUUUACUUAAAAAAAAAACAGAAAAAACGUAAAUAGUAAAAAAUUUGUAAGAUACCACACCAUAUACCAAAAAUAAACUAAAUUUAACUAAAUAUUUCAAAAUAUUUAGUUUUUGAAAUAUUGAAAAAAAAAACUAUUUGCCCCCAGAAAGUAUUUUUUAUUUUAACUAUAAACUACGUUUUCUAUGAACAUUUUUACUACUUUUUUUAAAUCAAAUAUGUUUUGUGUCAAAUUUUACGAUAAAAAUAUGUUUUUUUUUUUUCUUUUUUAAGAAACUUAUAUUUGUAUUUAACGUGCAAUUGAUGUAAAAGCAUUUAUGUAAAAUAUAUCAAUAUUUAAAAGUAAAUAUACAAAAAAAAAAAUUAACUAACUAAUUAUUUAAACUAUACAAAAAAACUACACUUAAAAAAAUAUUUGUAUGGUAAUGAGAAGAAAAACCCUAAAUGUUAACUAAAUGAGAAAAAAAAUACAUACAUGUAAUGUCAAGCAGUCUGAUUCAAAGAUAAAUGGACCUUUUUUUAAAAAUAAAUAUGGUUUGUAAAAGUAUUUAUAUUAGUAACGCUGUAAGAAUUUAGAAAAGCUUUUUACCUUUCUUCAUUUCCUUUUUAUUUCGGUUUUAUCCGCAAAUUGCUCUUUUUGAUCUUGGCACAUUUUUGUAAUGCACUCAAAGUCCUUUUGCGGCUUAUUGCGCUAAGAGCGUUUUAUGUAAUUUAUGAAAAAAAAAAAUACUAUAUAAAAAUUAUCAUCAUUUACACUACUUCAUAAUAUUAUUUAGAUUUCUAAAAAUUUGUAACAGAUCUUAUCAGUUAAGGGAUUAAUUUAUUCAGGCCAGGAUUAAGUCUUGACUUUAGUAUAGACUAUAGUAUAGCUCUGACUCCAUAUUUACUAUAGCUUAGGUUAUAGUCUCGACUAUAGCUUAGACUAUAGUCUCGAUUAUAGCUAAGACUAUAGUCUUAACAAUAGUCAAAUCUAUAUAUAGUUUAGACCACAAUCUCGUCUAUAGUCUAUGCUAUAGUUUUGACUAUAGUCUUGACUAUAGUAUAGCUCGGACUAUAGUUAAGACUAUAAUCUAAAUAGUUCAGAUUAUAGCCUCGACUAAAGUUUAGACUGUAGUUUAAACAAUAGUAUAGUUCAGACUAUAGUCUUGAAUAUAGAUUAAUAUAUAGUCUUGACUUUAGUUUAGACCAUAGUAUACGUCAGACUAUAGUUUCGACUAUAGUAUAGCUCAGACUAUACUCUCAACUAUAGUUUAGAUUAUAAUAUGGACUAUAGUUUAGACUAAAGUCUUGACUAUAUUUUAAUUUAUAGUCUUGACUAUAGUCUAUACUAUAGUUUAAUUUAUACUAUAGUCUUAACUAUAGAUUAAUUUAUAGUCUUGACUGUAGUUUAUACUAUAGAAUAGUUCAGACUAUAAUCUGGACUAUAGUUUAAUCUAUAGUCUUGACUAUCGUUCAGACUAAAAUCUUGACUAUAGUUUAGACCAUUGUCUUGACUUUACUCUAGACUAUAGUACAGUUUUGACUAUAGCCUUGACUAUAGUUUAGACUAUAGUUUGUACUUUAGUUUAGACUAUGGUUUCCAUUAUAGCUUAGACCAUAGGCAUGACUAUAUUAUAGAAUAUACCCUUAACUUUGGUAUAGUCUGAACUAUAGUCAAGACUAUAGUCGAAACUAUAGUUAAGAUUAUAGUCUACCAAAGUCAAGGUUAUAGUCUAAACUGAAGCCUUUUAAGACUUUGGUCUUAAUAUUAUCAAGUUUUGGCUAGAGUCUCGACUAUAGUUUAGACUAUAGGCUUCACUAUGGUAGACUUUAAUCUUGACUAUAGUUUCGACUAUAGUCCUGAUUUUAGAUUAAACUUCUUGACUAUAGCAUAGACUAUAGUCUUGACUAUAGCGUAGACUAUAGUCUUGACUGUAGUUUAGUCUUGAGUAUAGCGUAGACUACAUAUAUUGUCUUGACUAUAGUUUAUACUGUAGUCAUGUCUAUAAUCCUAACUUUAGUUUAGACUAUAGUCUUGUCUUAUAGUUUAGACUAUAGUUAAGACUAUAUUCUUAACUAUAAUUGAGACUAUAGCCUUGACUUUGGUAGACUUGACUUUAGUUUAGACUAUAGUAUUGACUAUUUUUGACUAUAGAUUAGACUAUAUUCUUUACUAUAGUUUAGACUAUAGUCUUGACUAUAGUUUAAAAUUUAGUAUAGAGUCUAUAGUCUCGACUAUAGUUCAAUCUUUAUUCUUGACUAUAGGUUAGACUGUACUCUUGACUAUAGUUUAGACUAUAGUCUCGACUAUAAUUAAAUAAAAAUUAGAAAAAAAUCAUUCAAAUUUUAAAAAGUGCUGUUCUUACAAACUUAUUCGAUACAAUUUUCCCUCCUUAUCAAGGAAAUUUAAUUCCCUUAGAAGAUCUGUUACAAUAUCAGAAACAAUAUAUGUAAAAUUUACUAAAUCAACCCCCACCCCCACAUUCCUACAUAUUUGGCAUUUAUUAAAUCAAUCUU